AUGGAAGGCCGCAUCACCCCUUACGGCAAACGCAAGCUCUCCGACACGACCCGCCGCGCAAUCUACGAUAUGCUGCUUGAGAUCAGUGCGGCAGGAAAGUUGACCCAUGGGUCAUGCAAGAAGGUCGCCGGCAUGUUCAAAUGCCACUGGAAGACCGUCUCUCGCGUGUGGCAUCGAGGCCGCGACUCACUUCGGCAAGGCAGCGCCGUUGCCGACAAGCACUCGGCUGCCGACAUUGAGCGAGCCGUUCGAGCUGUUCCUCUGUUGGCACGCCAAACUGUGCGAACAAUGGCAGCCCAGUCUGGUUAUUCCAAGACUACACUGGUGCGCCAUAUGGACGAAGAGAAGACUUUAAAGCCCAAGUCAAGCCACUCGAAGCCGUAUCUCACGGAUGCCAACAAGCGAUGCCGCAUGGAGCAUGCAAUGUCCUUUCUUUCAGAGUCGUUGAAUGGGACUACUUUUUCCAAUAUGUACAAUUACGUGCAUGUUGACGAAAAGUGGUUCUAUUUAACGGCUGUAAAGAAACGAUGUUAUGCUUAUGACGACGAAGUUAAGUCCAAGAGAUUCAUUACGAAAGUAAUGUUUCUUGCCGCCGUGGCCCGGCCAAGGUUUGAUUUCCACAAAAAAUCAUUGUUUGACGGCUAG